AUGAAGGACAUGGAGGCCACUAAGGCGACCGAUGAGUGCGGCGGGAAGUCGCCGUCGAGAAAAAAGAAGCGCGAAGAGGACGAGGCUCACGGAGGCAGAGAGGCGAAUGAAGACGAGGAUUUCACAGCAUUUGCGCUCGAAGCGCCACGAUGGAAUGUUAUGCUUCAAGACGCUCUGGAGACCUAUUUUACCAAAGGCGUCCCUGUACCGUCGGCCGCGAGCACUUUGAAGGAGAGCCAAGAAAUUACACGAAACAGCUUCGUCCAUCGACAGUUCAUCCGCGAUCGCGACGGCGUCCUCUACAAAAUCGAAGCCACUGCGGUGCUCCCUUCUUCACCUUCUUCUUCCGCUUCCUCUUCACCUUCUUCUUCCGCUUCCUCUUCUUUUUCUUCUUUGUCUUCUUCCUCUGCUUCUUCUUCGAUGGUGUGCCGAGUUUGUCGCGAGGCAGCUGUGAGUGAAUCCACUGCGUCUGUAAACUCGUCUUCUCCUUCCCAACCGGCGCCUGCCUCAGACGAAGCCACCGGCCAUCCUGUGAAGAAACGGUGCCUCGCCGGAGGAUGGAGAGACCGGACAUCCGAGUACGUCGAGCCGUCGCAAGUACUCCUCUACGUUUCGUACCGACAUUUUCAACAUGUAUGGAGCGCUGGAGCCUCCGAAGUUGUGCUCCACUUUCUUACCGGCAAGGAACUGGCGGAAUGCCGCGUGAUGGCUCUUGACCGCGCUGCCUGUCGGUACGAUCUUCUGAUCGAAAUUGCCAGCCUUCCUCAAGCUCCGUCUCUGCGAAGUGAGCUGGCCUUCCAGCUUUCGCGUCUUCGCUGGAGACUUCAGUGCGGACCUCUGCAACAGUUCUUCCGAUCCGACGCGUUGCGACGCGCAGCGCCAUCACACCGCCGGUCUCGGCGAGUCGGCGAAGGCAAACGGCGAAGCCAGCAGUAUGUGAAGAAGGUGAUCUUGAGAGAAGGAGAGACCAUUUAUCUUUGCUCAACUCGAGCUUCGUCUGCGCCUGCCCAGUCCGUUGCGCAGGAAGAGGGAAGCGACUCACCUUCGCUAACGGAGUCGACGGUCCUUGCUGAAGACAACAGAAGACUUAUCAACGUGGUAUUUUGUUGGCAAGUUGACGAACUGAGUGCAUGUGACGCCUACGUUGCCCGCUGCUGCGUCGAGGACGUCGCUGCUUCCCUGCGAGAAAGCCUCGCUGCAGUCGCCUCCGAGACAGGCGCGUCUUCUCUCCAGGUCUCGGUGUCUUCUCAGUUGCCUCCUCUCGCAGCAGAGUACGAAACGACUCGCCAGUGUCGCCGCCAGAGUCAGGUCUCCACAUCUCGCUCUUCCCCUCCAUGUUCUUCGUAUCCGGACUCCUCGGUGUCUUCACCUCCCCCCAUUUGUUUGUGUCUGAGCUUCGACGCCACAGCUGCGUUCGCGCCCUCGCUGCCGUCCAUGACGCGCUGCAUGCGUGCUUUGACCCUCUCGGAGAUUCUGAUUUCAGUGUAUCCCUUCGUCGUUCAGAACCUUGUUCGCGCAGAGAAGAUGAUGUUUAAAAGAAUAACUCGAGAGGUCAUGUCUCUCCUGUUCUAAGGGCGUGUGUCUGCAACGUCUUCUCUCUCUCUGUCGCUGUCUCAGUGUCCAUUUCGACUCCCUUUCCCUGUGCUUUCCCUUGUCUUUUUGCGCAUGCGACGAAUCCCUCGCGUGAGAUUUAUCCGCCGGCUCAGUUGUUUCCUCCUCUCCGCGCUCCUUCCUUUCUGCCUGUCUGCGCGCCUGGCUCGCGCUGUGGCGCGGCACCGGAGCCCUCUGGGUUUCAGUCUCUUCGUGAACUACACAGUUAACAGAAAACAUUCCGACUGGGUG